GACGAAGUCCAGAAGUCUGUCCCAAACAACUUCGUCGAGAUGGCUGAGCGUCUAAAUACCAUACGCAACCACUUGUGUCAAAGCAGAGUUCCUCUGCCGACGACACAGGAGGCUGCUGCCCUCUCUAUGCCCACUGACCACUUUGAGUACACGCUUGAGUCUCCAUUGCUCAGCAAGGAACAACGUGCACAUUACGAGAAAAAUGGAUUUUUGGUUAUCAAGGGAUUAGUGGGAAAAGAGGACCUGGAGAUGUACAGGGCCCAGUUUGAAAAGAUCUGCCGUAAUGAAGUCACCGUCCCGGGUAUCACUAUCAUGCGUGACAUCACUAUCGCCAAGACUGAGUAUGUUGCUGAUCAGAAGGCUAUCACUAAGGUUCAGGACUUCCAGAACGAUGACGUCCUUUUCAGUUACUGCAGCAAACCACAGGUUGUAGACUAUGUGGAGGCCUUUGUUGGUCCUAAUGUGAAAGCAAUGCACACCAUGCUUAUCAACAAACCACCAGAUCCAGGUAUGAAAUCUUCUCGUCACCCAAUGCACCAGGACCUGUAUUACUUUCCCUUCCGACCAGCCAAUAGAGUUGUGUGUGCCUGGACAGCCAUGGAGAAAGUUAACCGACAAAAUGGCUGUUUAGUAGUACUUCCUGGUACUCACAAAGGGAAGUUACUCCAGCAUGACUAUCCUGAAUGGGAGGGUGGCGUUAACAAAUAUUAUCAUGGUGUUCGUGACUUUGAUCCCAACACAGCCCGAGUUCACCUUGUGAUGGAACCAGGAGACACAGUGUUUUUCCAUCCUCUGUUGAUCCACGGAUCCGGCAUGAACAAGACAGAGGGAUUCAGAAAGGCCAUAUCCUGUCACUAUGCCAGUGGUGACUGCCAUUUUGUGGAUGUGAAAGGGACUGUUCAGCAGACUAUUGCAGAUGAAAUUGCAGAAAUGGCAAACAAGAAAUAUGGCAUUGCCAAGGAAGAUGUUGACUUUACGGCAAUUUGGAAAAUAAGAAGCAGAGAUAUUCGUGGUGACAAUUCAUCCUGGUGAACUGACAUUGAGUAAAUCCAAAUUUUCCAGCCUUAGUUCCAAGGAAGGCUGGUCUAGUUCAAAGUGCAGAAGAGUCUAAAUGCCAUCUAUGAUAGACAAUUGUGAAACUUUAUAUACAGAAACUAACUUUGUCUUUGAUUUCAUUGAUUAACUGUUGGUAAAUGAUAGAUCGAAACAAUUGAUGCAAACCUCCAAAGACAUAUGACUUUAUAAACAUUUCUAUAUACCAUUGUCUUUCAUGAUUUGUUUUGUUGAUUUAUGUGAUUAGUGUUUAUAAUGAUGAUGAAUUCUUGUGAUAAAAAUGAUUGAUAUAGUGUUCAUUGUCACUACCACCAUCCUGUUCAGAACUUAAGGACAUUGUCAGUGUAUCACAGGAUUUGACCACGAAUACUUCACAACAACAGUGUGGACAUUGUCAGUGUAUCACAGGAUUUGACCUCGAAUACUUCACAACAACAGUGUGGACAUUGUCAGUGUAUCACAGGAAUUGACCAUGAACACUCCAAACAAAUAGCUUGGAUGGUUUUAUUUUAAUUUUUAAAAUAAUAUCCUAUUUUCAAUGAAUUUUACUGAAAUUUUUAUUAUCAGAAACCUGCAAUUAAUAGUUAUUAUUACAUAUGUUGUGAUAGAUAAUCAUUUCUUGAUAUUACUGGCCUGUGGAAAUUAUUUAAUUGACAAAAUGGAUAAUCUCAUUCUUAAAUAGAUACAUUUGGAUAACUAUUCUUAGGGGAAAAUGAGUUUUUAUGUGUGUGCAUCAACAACCUCUACUAUGUGAUUGAUUCACAUGUCCUUGUCAUUCACGUUUGAUUAAUAUUUAUCAUUGGUGCGACAAUUCUGCUGAUUACCAAUAUUUCUUAGAACUUAGUAAAAGAGUAAUAUUUAUACAGCAGUAUUAUAACAAGAACAUAAACAGUGUAGUACAGCAGUGUACAGUCAUUAAACAUCUCUGUCCAUAUUUGUGUCACAUUAAUAUGACCAGAUGGAAUAUUAUAAAGUAUUAUUGUUAUUAUGUUGUUGGAUUGCUUUUGUUACAGUUUCCACCAGUUCCUAUUAAAAAGUGCUUAAAGAGUGAAAUGUGUUAUUGAUAUCAAGCUGUCCUACAACAGUACAAACGUUUAUGUAUAAGACACACUACUACAAGUGUUUUGUUGGGAGGAGAUAAACCUUAUGAGAUAUACCAAAGAUACAAAGGGUAGAUCAUGACAUGAACUUCCCACAGUUUUAUAGUAUUUGGGUGUCAACUUGCUUUUGUCUUUAUCCAUGUUGUAAGUCACUAUAUUUCAAGAAGAUGUGUAAUUUUAAGACUGAUCUGCAAAUCUUGAAAGCUUCUUUCUUUGUAUUUUAAACUGUUAAUUUAGUUAGAAUUGUUCCUCAAGAAAUCUUCGAUGGAUUUUCCGUAAAUUACAUUUUGUUUGUCCCUAACUAUGCUUCCUUAGUUUUGAGACUUAUCGCAAGAAUGAAAUGAUUUCCCUACUGCUGUAUUUGACAGCAACAUAUACUUCUGCCUUACAGCUAUAUUUGAUAAUAAAGUCUUGGUUUAUACA